GGGACCCGGGAGAAGUCGCGUUAAGGAGCAGAGCAUUUUGUUCCUCUCUCAGAAUGAAUGGGAACCCGAAAUUGGAGGCUUGUAACCAAGACAGGCAGGAUUUCAUCCAACACUUCUCCCAGAUUGUCAAGGUGCUGACUGAGGACGAGCUAGGUCAUCCGGAGACAGGCGAUGCCAUUACCCGGCUCAAGGAGGUCCUAGAGUACAAUGCCGUGGGAGGCAAGUACAAUCGGGGUUUGACUGUGCUCCAAGCCUUCCGGGAGCUGGUGGAGCCAAGGAAACAGGAUGCCGAGAGUCUUCAGCGGGCCCUGACUGUGGGCUGGUGUGUAGAGCUGCUCCAGGCUUUCCUUCUUGUGUCAGAUGACAUCAUGGAUUCUUCUCUCACUCGCCGAGGACAGAUCUGCUGGUACCAGAAGCCAGGCAUAGGCUUGGAUGCAGUCAAUGACGCUCUGCUUCUGGAAGCCUGCAUCUACCGCCUGCUGAAGUUGUACUGCAGGGAGCAGCCCUACUACCUGAACCUGCUGGAGCUCUUCCUGCAGAGCUCCUAUCAAACAGAGAUUGGGCAGACCCUUGACCUCAUGACAGCACCCCAGGGCCAUGUGGAUCUUGAUAGAUACACUGAAAAGAGGUAUAAAUCUAUUGUCAAGUACAAGACAGCUUUCUAUUCUUUCUACCUGCCUGUCGCAGCCACCAUGUACAUGGCGGGCAUUGAUGGGGAGAAGGAACAUGCUAAUGCCAUGAAGAUCCUGCUGGAGAUGGGCGAGUUCUUUCAGAUCCAGGAUGACUACCUUGAUCUCUUUGGGGACCCCAGUGUGACUGGAAAGGUCGGCACCGACAUUCAGGACAACAAGUGCAGCUGGCUGGUGGUUCAGUGUCUGCUGCGAGCCACUCCACAACAGCAGCAGAUCUUAGAGGAGAAUUAUGGGCAGAAGGACCCAGAGAAGGUGGCACGGGUGAAAGCGCUGUAUGAAGCGCUGGAUCUGCCAGCUGUGUUCUUAAAGUACGAGGAAGACAGCUACAGCCGCCUCAAGAGCCUCGUGGAGCAGUACUCAGCGCCGCUACCCCCAGCCAUCUUCCUGGAACUAGCAAAGAAGAUCUACAAGCGGAAAAAGUGACCUCGAGAUUGCAAAGGCUUUGAGGGAGGGAUCUCAAUAAAUUAUUUUACA